CAGACCUGAUUGGUCUUCUGGCCACCUCCUGUCUGUUUUUCUCCUUUACAGGUUGCACUCCAGUGUGUGCCUUAAGGACUAAAGUUUAAAUUUGUGCCAGCUAACUCUAAGGUAAGGGACUAAGGGCAUUAUAGAAAAAAACUUCUCAUUGGGAACAAAUCAACAUGAGGUACCUCUCUCUUGCUUUGUGUGUCUCGGCUAUUGCCAUCACCUCAGCUCCUCCAUCACCUGAGGCUGGCAGAAACAAGAAGGAAACAAGCAGAAGUGGAAAAAACAUAAAGCUGGAUGACUACAAUAUCAAUUAUGAGGAAUCUAUUGAUACAGGAAAAUAUGUAGAUCUUUAUGAUUAUUAUGAACAUGAACCCAAGACUGAAGUUCAUACACUGACUCCACUGAACGAAAAGUCUGGCCUACUGACAAACCAGGGGACUGAAAAACCCAUUACACUACCCGGUACUCCAAAGCCAUCACAAAAUAGUCUGUUUGGAUCCAUGACUGAACAGGGUCUCCCUAUCUGCCUGGUUUGUGUCUGCAUUGGAACUUCAGUGUACUGUGAUGAUGUGGACCUGACAGCUAUCCCCCCUCUACCCAAAGAUACUGCUUACUUUUAUGCACGAUUUAACAGAAUCACUAGAAUAAACAACAAGGACUUUAAAGGGCUCAACAAACUGAAACGAGUGGAUCUCUCCAGUAAUUUUCUAUCUAAUAUUGAUGAUGAUGCCAUUCAUUUGCUGCCAUCUCUCCAAGAGCUCAUCCUCUCUGAGAAUCAACUAAAGGCACUGCCUGAGCUACCUUCAAGCCUUAUUCUCUUAGAUGCUCAGUAUAAUCAGCUGCAAAGUUCUGGGAUCCAGACAGAUGUAUUUAAGGAUCUUACCAAUUUGGAGUACUUGUAUCUCUCAAACAACAAACUGGACUACAUUCCAGUACCACUCCCUUACAGUCUGCGGUCCCUUCACCUGAAGAAUAACAACAUUCAAACCAUGAACCUUGAAACCUUCUGCGAAAGUAGAGACCCCACAUUUAUAAGAAGGAACCUGGAGGAUAUCCGAGUGGAUGAAAAUCCCAUCAAUCUCAGCAAAUUUGUAAAUGGCUACUUCUGUCUUGUCCGACUUCCUACUGGUUCCUACUACUGAACUAGGCAGCUCUAUAUACAUAUAUAUACAGUAUAUACAUAUAUAUAUAUACAUCCUUGAGAAAGGUCCUAAUGAGGACCGAAACGUCGGUUUUUAAAAACAAUAUGUUUUCAAUAGAUUUUUGACAAAGUAUUAAAGGGUGUGCCGGCUACGGACAAUUGUUUUUUAUAUACAUAUAUAUAUAUAUAAUUUUUUUUUUUUUUUUUUAUUUAUUUUUUUUUUUUUAGCAUUAUUAUUAUUUAUAAUUAUUAUUAAUGUUCCUGAAAAGGAGGCCUUAUUUUAGCUAAUGAAAAAGGGGAAUUUCUAGCUUUAAAGCUUAACAUAAACUAAAAUGAUUGCUACAAUUAAAAAUAAAAGCAAGGUGUUAAAUACACACAUUAUGUUGAAUAUUUAUUGACAUUAUGUACUAGAAGAGAUAUAAUGUCAUCUAUGUAAGCACAUCAGCAGCUCAAUUGUGAGGCACAGAAUGGAAAGUGAAAAAGCCAUGCAUAACCAAAUACAAAAUUUAGAAACAAAUCACCCUAUAAAUACUUAUCAGCACAUUUAUAGCAGCCACACACAGCAUGGCACAAACAGCAUACACACUUCAUAGCACACAAUUAGCUCCCCCCUCCUCUUUGGUGUGAAGGUGACUUUCAGGCAGGAUCUCACAUAUUGAUCAGUCUGAAUGCUCUGCCCAGGGGCAGAGAGACUGCUCAAAAAAGGGGCAGGCCUUAAAACGAAAAGACUGCUCAGGAGAGAAUCUGUAUAAAAUGUGCUUUAAAAAAACAUAAUAAAGCAAAGGAGACUGCAUAUUCUGAAGGGGGUUUUUAGGACAUAUUCUUCCUUGAUAAAGCUAAUAUAGACUAAUAUAAGAGACUGUUAACAAUGAUUUAAUCUUCCUCUUCUGUAGAUAUUUUUAAGAUAGAGACAUCUUCUCUGCUAAUACUAAUUGCUUGGCAGACUUCUGUUAACAAAAUAAAAAAUAAAAUUUU